AUGGUCAGGGUAUCUAAAGGAGCGCCUCCUGUGUACCAGGCUCUGUGCCAAGCAUUGUGCAUGAAUGUAGGAGAAUCUCAUUUGUACCUCGCGCAUCAGGUGUGUGCCAUAACCCCCUCCACAGUGUACGCCGGAGACAGGCGUGCCCCAUCCGGGAACACACGCCGGGAGGACAGCGGCCGCCUCUGUUCCAUCUCCACCCGCUGGGGCCUGAGGAUGAAGCUGAGCCCGCCGCCCUGGCCCCUGUCCUGUCUCCUCGUGCUGCUGCCCUGGCCUCUGGCCACUGCUACGUCGACAGCCCCUCGGCAGUGCCCACCCGGGCAGGAGCCCAAUGUGGAACCGGGGCGGGGCACAUUAUGUAGGUCCUGCCCCCCAGGCACCUUUUCGGCUUCCUGGGGCUCUCGGCUGUGCCAGCCCCACUCACACUGCAGCUCUCGAGGGAGGCUUGAGGCCCAGGGGGGCACGGCAACGCAAGACGCACUAUGUGGAGACUGCCAGCCUGGGUGGUUUUCCCCUGCAGAGGCCCUGGGUGUUCCCUGCCAGCCGUGCGCCCGGACCCCCCUGGGUGGCCGCAGCUGUCACGAACGGGGACGACGGGCCCGACGUGGCGUGGAGGUAGCCGCAGGGGCCGGCAGUGCAGGGGAGACGCGGCAGCCUGGGAACAGCACGCGGGCGGGCAGCCCCGAGGAGACGGCUGCCCAGUACGCGGUGAUUGCCAUCGUGCCCAUCUUCUGUCUCAUGGGGCUGCUGGGCAUCCUGGUGUGUAACCUGCUCAAGCGGAAGGGCUACCAUUGCACGGCUCAGAAGGAGGUCGGGCCUGGCCCCGGAGGCGGAGGCAGUGGGACCAGCCCUGCCUGCCGGCCUGAGGACACCAGUGAGGACACCAUCGGGGUCUUGGUGCGCCUGAUCACAGAGAAGAAAGAGAAUGCCGCGGCGCUGGAGGAGCUGCUGAAGGAGUACCACAGCCGACAGCUGGUGCAGACCGGCCACCGGCCUCUGCCCAGGCUGUCGCCGGGCCCCCCCAGCAUACCGCACGUCUGCCCGCAUCGCCAGCACCUCCACACCGUGCAGGGCCCGGCCUCACUCUCGGGCCCCUGCUGCUCCCGUUGUAGCCAGAAGAAGUGGCCCGAGGUGCUGCUGUCCCCUGAGGCCGCAGCUGCCACCACUCCUGCUCCCAGACUCCUGCCCAACCCAGCCAGGACCCCCAAGGCUGGACGCCAGGGCGAGAUCACCAUCCUGUCUGUGGGCAGGUUCCGUGUGGCCCGAAUUCCCGAGCAGCGCGUGAGUUCAGUGGGCUCCGAGGUGAAGACCAUCACGGAGGCUGGGCCCUCAGGGAGUGAGCUCCCCAACUCCCCACGACCUGGCCUCCCCAGUGAGCAGCGGGCACUUCUAGGAAGUGGUGGAAGCCACACUAAGUGGCCGAAGCCCCCAGCAGAGAACAAGGCCGAGGAGAACCGCUAUGUGGUCCGGCUAAGUGAGAGCAACCUGGUCAUCUGAGGGGCUGUCCCAUCUGAGGACCCUGCAGCCCUGCCCUGAGCAGUUCCGAAGCCUUCCUGGAGAAGGUGGAGCUGCAGCUGGGCCCAUGAGGAUCCAGAAACGCCAGCAGACAAAACCGCCAAGGCCUGGAGGUGGGAGUGUCCACCCUGGUGA